AUGAUCAACAACCACAGGAAGGCUGUGUUUAUCCUGAGUCCCGAGCAGACUUCCCAGCCGGCUGAACUGCUAGAAAACCAGGUGAAGAUCUUUGUGCGACAAGCUGAUGAUGAUGGGCCGCAGGUGGCCUUCCACAACGAAAAGCGGAUGCUCCAGCUGGUGAGUCACCCGAAUGUCAUCAGCUUGAUAGAUGCCUUCGAAGAUGCUCGAGGCUAUCAGCUUGUGGUGGAAUUCUGCAGCGGUGGCGAGCUCUUUGACAAGGUCAUUGAUGAUGGAAACCUCACGGAGAAGCAAGCUGCAAUGCUGAUGAGGCAGAUCUGCUCACCAUUGGCUUACAUGCACAAACAACACGUGUGCCACAGGGACCUGAAGCCGGAGCACUUCUUGCUGGGUCGAGAGGGGCCGUUGAAUGUGGUGCCCUUGAGCCUUGAACUAGAAAGGGUCAAGAACUGGCUGUAG